UCACUGCCUGCCACGGCACGGUCAGCCCCAGCGUGUAUUUCAACAACUGCCUGUAUGAUCUGUGCCUGGGAAAGGGGGACUCCCAGGUCCUGUGCCAGAGCAUCCACAGCUACGUGACAGCCUGCCAAGAGGCCAAGGUCACCAUCCUGCCCUGGAGGAGUGCCUCCUUCUGCCCUGUGAGCUGCCCUGCCAACAGCCACUAUGAGGUUUGUGCUGACCUCUGCACUGUUGCCUGUGCUGGAAACAUCAUGGAUUGCCCAGAGACCUGUGCCGAAGGCUGCCAGUGUGACAAGGGCUUCUUCUUCGAUGGCCAGGGCUGUGUGACUCAGGAGAUCUGUGGAUGCUUUGAACAGGGGAGAUACUACAAGCCCAGACAGACUGUCCUUAUGAAUGAGUGCCAGCAAAGCUGCACCUGUGUUCCGACCCGAGGGGUGACCUGCAAAGCCCACAGCUGCUCCAGAGGAGAAACCUGCCAGAUCAGAGACGGCAUUAUGGGCUGCAUCAGCAAAGUUAUUCCAUCCUGCAGUGUGGUUCGCUGCAGGGAAGGAACUAUCUGCAAGAUGAUAAAUGGGCAGCCAGAGUGUGUGCCAGUCUCUCGGGGCACGUGCUGGGCCGGGGGAUACUUGCAUUACCACACCUUCGAUGGACGGGCGUAUGAUUUCCACGGCACCUGCAACUACACGGUGGUCAAGACCUGCAGGGAUGCCUCCGUCCUACCCUCCUUCCAUGUCACGGCCAAGAAUGAGAACAGUGGGAACACACAGGUUGUCUACAUUUGGUCAGUGACUGUCCAGGUGGAUGGAGUCACCAUCACAGCAGCCAGGGCUGAGGUCGGCUUUGUGUGGGUGAAUAACAACAGGGUCCACUUACCCAUCUCCCUGAACAACGGGGCCCUUCGGCUCUAUCAGAGUGGCACCUCCCUUGUCCUCCGCACCAACUUCAACCUCAGGGUGUACUACGACUGGAACAACCACCUGAGGAUCACCGUCCCUAAUAACUUCUCAGACAGCCUGUGUGGCCUGUGCGGCAACUAUAAUGGGGACCCCGCCGAUGACUUCCGGACCCUGGACGGGGACCAGGCUCCCAGUGUCGCCGCCCUGGGGAAAAGCUGGGCAGUGGAAGAUGAGGAUCAGUUUUGCUGGCAUGAUUGCAUUGGAGGUUGUAGGCCCUGUGACCCCAGCAUAACCAGAAAAUACAAGGAGGAGGCCUCAUGCGGCCUGAUAGCCAAGGUCUCAGAUGGGCCCUUCAGCCAGUGCCACAGCAAGGUGGAUCCCACAGUCUACUUGGACAACUGUGUGUACGAUCUGUGCCACAACGAGGGCUACAGGAAGGCCCUGUGUGAGGCCCUGAAGGCCUACGCGGAUGCCUGCCAGCUGGAGGGGGUCAGGAUUGGGGAAUGGAGGCAGCUGGCCAGAUGCCCCAUGGAGUGCCCCCUGGAGAACAGCCAGUACCAGCUCUGUGGAACAGCCUGCCCAGCCACGUGUGUGGACCAGUCAGCCCCCAGCAGCUGCCAAGACCCCUGCGUGGAAAGCUGCCAGUGCAAGGAUGGGUUUGUGCUGAGCCAGGGCAAAUGCAUCCCCAAGAGCAGCUGUGGAUGCCUGUUUGAGGGGCGCCCCUAUGCCCCCAGUGAGAGUUUCUGGGUCGAUGAGGCAUGUGGGACACGGUGCAUGUGCAACGCAGCCACUAGACAAGUCAAAUGCGUGCCUGCUAUGUGCAAACGUUCAGAGAGGUGCGGGCUAGUGAACGGCGUACGGGGCUGUUACCCCUCCAGCUACGCCACCUGCUCUGUGACAAGGAAUCUGCACUAUGCCACCUUUGAUGGACAGAGAUAUGACUUCCAAGGCACCUGCCGCUACCAGCUCACGGCUCUGUGCAAGAAGGCGGAGGGACUGGUGGACUUUGAGGUCUACUUCCAGGAAAGCAAUACUGGUCCUGUGCAAAUCAAGGUCUAUGAGACCGACAUCAGGGUCAGCAAUCAAUUCCCUGGGAAAAUCAUGGUGAACAGUUUCCUGAUUACUCUUCCCUUCAACCUCGAUGAUAAGAAAAUCACUAUGUAUAGAAAGGGCUGGGCCACAGUGAUCCAGACAGACUUUGGUCUCACCGUUACCUAUGCUGGGUGGUCAGGACGCACCACGGUGAUUCUGCCAGUCACCUACGCGGGAGCCGUAUGUGGUCUGUGUGGCAAUUUUAACAGUGACAGUGAGGAUGACAUGCUCAUGAGGGAUGGCACCCUGGCACCAAAUCCCAUCAGCUUUGGCCAGAGCUGGAAGCUGGGCGACCUCCCGGGUUGCUCUGCAGUAACGAUACCACCAUGCGCAAGUGUAGAGGCUAUUCAAAAACAACAACGAGGUAGCAGAGGGCAGUGUGGGCUCAUCUUAUACCAGAGUGGCCCUUUCAGAGGAUGUCACAGCAAAGUGGACCCCCAUGGAUACUUCAUAGACUGCAACAGUCACUAUGAAUUCUGCAGCACCAGCUGCGAUCUGACAUGCAGCAACCUCUAUGCCCCGGUGCAAUGCAUGACCCGGUGUAAGGAAGGCUGCGUGUGUGACGAGGGCUUUGUUCUCAGUGGUGACCGCUGCGUCCCCAUUUCCCAGUGCGGAUGCCUCCACAGGGGAAUUUAUUACCAGGCUGCAGAGACCUUCCACCCGAGCGGUUCAUGUGAGGAGCAGUGCGUGUGUCAGGCUGGUGGGGAGGUUGUGUGUAAGGCAUUCUCCUGUGGCACUGGUGAGGAAUGCGGGUUGGUGGACGGCAUCCAGAAAUGCCACCCAUUUGGAUCUGCGACCUGUUCUGCCACUGGCCAUCCCCACUACCUCUCUUUCGAUGGGGUCUCCUUUGACUUCCAAGGCACCUGCACCUACAUCCUGGCCAAGACUUGCACCGAUGCCAGUGACCUUACACCAUUCACUAUCAGCGUGUAUGGGAUCACACUCAUCCUGCUGCAAAACAACCAGGGGCUCGUCAUGGUGAACGGGGUGUCCCACAACCUCCCAGUGAUUGUGGCUGAUGGGCGACUUAGAGUGUAUCGACAUGGCACAAACAUUCUGGUGCAAACCAACUUCGGCCUCACUGUGAGCUACGACCUGGUUUACCAGACCAGGGUCACCAUCCCAGGAAGCUACGAGGGCCAGAUGUGCGGCCCAAAGUGGAACUACAACGGACAGGAAGAUGAGGAGUUCUUGCUCCCUGAUGGCAGGAUAGCCUCUGAUGCAGCAGCAUUUGGCUCUGCUUGGGAAGUCCAGAUCCCAGGAGCAUCCUGUACAGACAGAUGUGCUGGAAACAGCUGUCCAGUUUGUGAGGAGAGGAAGAAGAACGUCUUCAAAGGGCACAACUACUGUGGGCUGCUCACAGACCCCGACGGCCCCUUCACAGCCUGCCACAGGAUGGUUAGCCCCAGUGUGUAUCAGAGCAACUGCCUGUAUGAUCUGUGCCUGGCCAAUGGGGAUGCACAGGUUCUUUGCCAAAGCAUCCACAGCUACGUAACGGCCUGCCAAGAGGCCGGGGCCUCCAUCCAGCCCUGGAGGAACACCACCUUCUGCCCUGUGAGCUGCCCAGUCCACAGCCACUACAAGGUCUGUGCCGACCUCUGUACCACCACCUGCUCUGGACACAUCAUGGACUGCCCGAAGAUCUGUGCUGAAGGCUGUGAGUGUGACGAUGGCUUCUUCUACGACGGCCAGGGCUGUGUGACUGCAGAAAGCUGUGGGUGCUUCGAGCAUGGGAGAUAUUACAAGCCCAAUGAGACGGUCCUGACUAAUGAGUGCCAGCAAAGCUGCACCUGCGUUCCUGCUCAAGGGGUGACUUGUAAAGCCCACAGCUGCUCCCAAGAAGAAAUCUGCCAGAUUAGAGAGGGCGUCAGGGCCUGCAUCAGCAAAGUUAUUCCAUCCUGCAGUGUGGUUCGCUGCAGAGAAGGAACUAUUUGCAAGAUGAUAAAUGGGCAGCCAGAGUGUGUGCCAGUCUCUCAGGCCACGUGCUGGGCUGGGGGUUACUUGCAUUACCACACCUUCGAUGGACGGGUGUAUGAUUUCCACGGCACCUGCAACUACACGGUGGCCAAGACCUGCAGGGAUGCCUCCGGCCUGCCCUCCUUCCACGUCAUGGCCAAGAGCGAGAACAGGGGGAACAUACAGGUCUUCUACAUUGGGUCGGUAACUGUCCAGGUGGAUGGAGUCACCAUCACAGCAGCCAGAGCUGAGGUCGGCUUUGUGGGGGUGAAUAACACCAGGGCCCACUUACCCAUCUCCCUGAACAAUGGGGCCCUUCGGCUCUAUCAGAGUGGCACCUCCCUCGUCCUCCGCACCGACUUCAACCUCAGAGUGUCUUAUGACUGGAACAACCACCUAAGUGUCACUGUCCCCAGGGUCUUCUCCAACAGCCUGUGCGGCCUGUGCGGCAACUAUAAUGGGGACCCCUCUGAUGACUUCCGGACCCCGGAUGGGGACCUGGCUCCCAGUGUCGCUGCCUUGGGGAAAAGCUGGGCAGUGGAAUAUGAGGAUCAGUUUUGCUGGCACGAUUGCAUUGGAGUUUGCAGACCCUGUGACCCCAGCAUAGCCAGAAAGUACAAGGAGGAGGCCUUGUGCGGCCUGAUAACCAAAGUCUCUGAUGGUCCCUUCAGCCAGUGCCACAGCAAGGUGGAUCCUACAGUCUACUUCGACAAUUGCGUGUACGAUCUGUGCCACAACGAUGGCUACAGGAAGGCCCUGUGUGAGGCCCUGAAGGCCUAUGCGGACGCCUGCCAGCUGGAGGGAGUCAGGAUUGGGGAAUGGAGGCAGCUGGCCAGAUGCUCCAUGGAGUGCCCCCUGGAGAACAGCCAGUACCAGCUCUGUGGAACAGCCUGCCCAGCCACAUGUGUGGACCAGUCAGCCCCCAGCAGCUGCCAAGACCCCUGCGUGGAAAGCUGCCAGUGCAAGGAUGGUUUUGUGCUGAGCCAGGGAAAAUGCAUCCCCAAGAGCAACUGUGGAUGCCUGUUUGAGGGGCCCUAUGCCCCCAGUGAGAGUUUCUGGGUCGAUGAGGCAUGUGGAACACGCUAUGCCACCUGCUCUGUGACAAGGAAUCUGCACUAUGCCACCUUUGAUGGACAGAGAUAUGACUUCCAAGGCACUUGCCGCUACCAGCUCACAGCUCUGUGCGAGAAGGCAGAGGGACUGGUGGACUUUGAAGUCAACUUCCAGGAAAACAAUACUGCUCCUGUACAGAUCAAGGUUUAUCAGACCAACCUCAGGAUCAGCAAUCAAUUCCCUGGGAAAGUCCUGGUGAACAGUUUCCUGAUGAAUCUUCCCUUCAACCUCGAUGAUAAGAAAAUCACUGUGUAUAGAAACGGCUGGGCCACAGUGAUCCAGGCAGACUUUGGCCUCACAGUUACCUUUGCCGGGUGGUCAGGACGCACCACGGUCACUCUGCCAGUCACCUACGCAGGAGCCGUGUGUGGUCUGUGUGGCAACUUCAACAGUGACAGGGAGGACGACAUGUUCAUGAGGGAUGGCACGCUGGCACCAAGCCCAGUCAGCUUUGGCCAGAGCUGGAAGGUGGGCAACCUCCCGGGAUGCUCUGCAAUAGCGAUACCACCAUGCGCAAGUGUAGAGGCUAUUGAAAAACAACAACGAGGUAGCAGAGGGCAGUGUGGGCUCAUCCUCCACAAGCGUGGCCCUUUCAGAGGAUGUCACAGCAAAGUGGACCCCAAUGGAUACUUCAUAGACUGCGUGUAUGGCUAUUGCGUCCUCAGUGAGCGGGAGAGUAACGUGUGCCAGGCCGUUGCUGGCUAUGCUGAGGCAUGUCAGGAAGCUGGAGCUACGGUGCAUCCCUGGAGGACUACGAAAUUCUGCUCUCCGUCCUGUCCCCCGAACAGUCACUAUGAAUUCUGCAGCAGCUGCGAUCUGACAUGCAGCAACCUCUAUGCCCCGGUGCAAUGCACGUCCCAGUGUAAGGAAGGCUGCGUGUGUAAUCAGGGUUUUGUUCUCAGCGGCGACCACUGCGUCCCCAUUUCCCAGUGUGGAUGCCUCCACAGAGGACUUUACUACCAGCCCUGGGAGACCUUCCACCCAAGUGGUUCAUGCGAGGAGCAGUGCGUGUGUCAGGCUGGUGGGGAGGUUGUGUGUAAGGCAUUCUCCUGCAGCCAUGGUGAGGAAUGCGGGGUGGUGAACGGCAUCCAGAAAUGCCACCCAUUUAGAUCUGCAACCUGUUCUGCCUCUGGCCAUCCCCACUACCUCUCUUUCGACGGGGUCCCCUUUGACUUCCAAGGCACCUGCACCUACAUCCUGGCCAAGACCUGCACUGAUGCCAAUCACCUUACACCAUUCACUAUCAGCAUAGAGAAAGAAUCCUGGGGCAACGGGAACAUCUCCAUGGCCAAGCUGGUGUCCAUCCAGGUGUAUGGGAUCACACUCACCCUGCUGCAGAGCAAACAGGGGCUCAUCAUGGUGGACGGGGUAUCCCACAAUCUCCCCGUGAUAAUGGUCAAUGGGCAGCUCCGAGCAUAUCAGCAUGGCACUAAUGUCCUGGUGCAAACCGACUUUGGCCUCACUGUGAGCUACGACCUGGUUUACCAGGCCAGAGUCACCAUCCCAGGAAGCUACCAUGGCCAGACAUGUGGCCUGUGUGGGAACUACAAUGGACAGCAGGACGAGGAGUUCCUGCUCCCCAGUGGCAGGACAGCCCCUGAUGUGGCAGCAUUUGGCUCUGCUUGGGAAGUCCAGAUCCCAGGAGCAUCCUGUACAGACAGAUGUGCUGGAAACAGCUGUCCAGUUUGCGAAGAGAAGAAGAAGGAGGUCUUCAAAGGGCGCAACUACUGUGGGCUGCUCACAGACCCCGACAGUCCCUUUGCGGCCUGCCAUGGCACGGUCAGCCCCAGCGUGUAUUUCAACAACUGCCUGUAUGAUCUUUGUCUGGGAAAGGGGGACUCCCAGGUCCUGUGCCAGAGCAUCCACAGCUACGUGACGGCCUGCCAAGAGGCUAAGGUCUUCAUCCAGCCCUGGAGGAGCACCUCCUUCUGCCCUGUGAGCUGCCCGGUCAACAGCCACUACGAGCUCUGCGCUGACCUCUGUACCACCACCUGCACUAGAGACAUCAUGGACUGCCCGGAGACUUGUGCUGAAGGCUGCCAGUGUGACGAUGGCUUCCUCUUCGAUGGCCAGGGCUGUGUGACUCUGGAGAACUGUGGGUGCUUUAAACAGGGGAGAUACUACAAGCCCAGUGAGACUGUCCUGAUGAAUGAGUGCCAGCAAAGCUGCACCUGUGUUCCUGCCCGAGAGGUGACUUGCAAAGCCCACAACUGCACCAGUGGAGCAAGCUGCCAGAUCAGAGAUGGCGUCAUGGACUGCAUCAGCCAAGUUAUUCCAAAGCCAUCCUGCAGUGUGGUCCGCUGCAGGGAAGGAACUAUUUGUAAGAUGAUAAAUGAGCAGCCAAAGUGUGUGCCGAUCUCUCGGGGCACGUGCUGGGCUGGGGGAUACUUUCAUUACCGCACCUUCGAUGGAUGGGCCUAUGAUUUCCAUGGCAACUGCACCUACACCGUGGCCAAGACCUGCAGGGAUGCCGCCGGCCUGCCCUCCUUCCAUGUCAUGGUCAAGAGUGAGAACAGUGGGAACACACAGGUCUUCUAUAUUGGGUCGGUGACUGUCCAGGUGGAUGGAGUCACUGUCACAGCGGCCAGGGCUGAAGCCGGCUUUGUGUGGGUGAAUAAUACCAGGGCCCACUUACCCAUCUCCCUGAACAACGGGGCCCUUCGGCUCUAUCAGAGCGGCACCUUCCUCAUCCUCCGCACCAACUUCAACAUCAGAGUGUACUACGACUGGAACAACCACCUAAGGGUUACUGUCCCUAAUGACUUCUCCGACAGCCUGUGCGGCCUGUGCGGCAACUAUAACGGGGACCCCACUGAUGACUUCCGGACCCCAGACGGGGAUCCGGCUCCCAGUGUCGCCGCCCUGGGGAAAAGCUGGGCAGUGGAAGAGGAGGAUCAGUUUUGCUGGCAUGAUUGCAUUGGAGGUUGUAGGCCCUGUGACCCCAGCAUAACCAAAAAGUACAAGGAGGAGGCCUUGUGCGGCCUGAUAACCAAGGUCUCAGAUGGGCCCUUCAGCCAGUGCCACAGCAAGGUGGAUCCUACAGUCUACUUGGACAACUGCGUGUAUGAUCUGUGCCACAACGAGGGCUACAGGAAGGCCCUAUGUGAGGCCCUGAAGGCCUACGCGGACGCCUGCCAGCUGGAGGGGGUCAGGAUUGGGGAAUGGAGGCAGCUGGCCAGAUGCUCCCUGGAGUGCCCCCUGGAGAACAGCCAGUACCAGCUCUGUGGAACAGCCUGCCCAGCCACGUGUGUGGACCAGUCAGCCCCCAGCAGCUGCCAAGACCCCUGCAUGGAAAGCUGCCAGUGCAAGGAUGGUUUUGUGCUGAGUCAGGGCAAAUGCAUCCCCAAGAGCAGCUGUGGGUGCCAGUUUGAAGGGCGCCCCUAUGCCCCCAACGAGAGCUUCUGGGUUGAUGAGGCAUGUGGGACACGGUGCAUGUGCAAUGCAACCACUAGACAAGUCAAAUGCGUGGCUGCCACGUGCAAACACUUGGAGAGGUGCGGGCUAGUGAACGGCGUACGGGGCUGUUACCCCUCUAGCUACGCCACCUGCUCUGUGACAAGGAAUCUGCACUAUUCCACCUUUGAUGGACAAAGAUAUGACUUCCAAGGCACCUGCCGCUACCAGCUCACGGCUCUGUGCAAGAAGGCAGAGGGACUGGUGGACUUUGAGGUGUACUUCCAGGAGAACAAUACCUCUCCUCUACAGAUCAAGGUUUAUCAGACCAAACUCAAGAUCAGCAAUCAAUUCCCUGGGAAAGUACUGAUGAAUGGUUUCCUGAUUAACCUUCCCUUCAACCUCAAUGAUAAGAAAAUCACUGUGUAUAGGAAGGGCUGGGCCACAGUAAUCCAGGCCGACUUUGGCCUCACUGUUACUUUUGCCGGGUGGUCAGGACGCAUCACGGUCACCCUGCCAUCGACCUACGCGGGAGCUGUGUGUGGUCUGUGUGGCAACUUCAACAAGGACAGGGAGGACGACUUGCUCAUGAGGGAUGGCACGCUGGCACCAAGCCCAGUCAGCUUUGGCCAGAGCUGGAAGGUGGGCAACCUCCCAGGAUGCUCUGUAGUAAUGAUACCACCAUGCACAAAUAUAGAGGCAAUUGAAAAGGAACAACGAGGUAGCAGAGGGCAGUGUGGGAUCAUCCUAGACAAGAAUGGCCCCUUCAGAGGAUGUCACAGCAAAGUGGACCCCCAUGGAUACUUCGUAGACUGCGUGUACAGCUAUUGUGUCCUCAGUGAGCGGGAGAGUAAUGUCUGCCAGGCGGUUGCUGGCUAUGCUGAGGCAUGUCAGGAAGCUGGAGCUAUGGUGCAUCCCUGGAGGACUACGAAAUUCUGCUCUCCGUCCUGUCCCCCGAACAGUCACUAUGAAUUCUGCAGCAGCUGUGAUCUGACAUGCAGCAACCUCUAUGCCCCGGUGCAAUGCACAACCCAGUGUAAGGAAGGCUGCGUGUGUGACGAAGACUUUGUUCUCAGUGGUGACCUCUGUGUCCCCUUUUCCCAGUGCGGAUGCCUCCACAGGGGACUUUACUACCAGGCCGGGGAGACCUUCCACCCGAGCGGUUCAUGCGAGGAGCAGUGCGUGUGUCAGGCUGGUGGGGAGGUUGUGUGUAAGGCAUUCUCCUGCGGUGCUGGUGAGCAAUGCGGGGUGGUGGACGGCAUCCAGAAAUGUCACCCAUUUGGAUUUGCGACCUGUUCUGCCUCUGGCCAUCCCCAUUACCUGUCUUUCGACGGGGUCCCCUUUGACUUCCAAGGCACCUGCACCUACAUCCUGGCCAAGACCUGCACCGAUGCCAGCAACCUUACACCAUUCACUAUCAGUGUAGAGAAAGAAGAUUGGGACACUAGGAAUGUGUCCGUGGCCAAGCUGGUGUCCAUUCAGGUGUAUGGCAUCACACUCACCCUGCUGUGGAGCAAACAGGGGCUCAUCAUGGUGGACGGGGUGUCCCACAACCUGCCUGUGAUCGUGGCCGAUGGGCGACUCUGGGCAUAUCAGCACAGUGUGAACGUCUUGGUGCAAACUGACUUUGGCCUCACCGUGAGCUACGACCUGGUUUACCAGGUCAGAGUCAUAGUCCCGGGUCGCUACCAUGGCUGGAUGUGCGGCCUGUGUGGGAACUACAAAGGGCAGCAGGAUGACGAGUUCCUGCUCCCCGAUGGCAGGGUGGCCCCUGACACUGCAUCCUUCGGGUCUGCCUGGGAAGUUCAGAUCCCAGAGGCAUCCUGUACAGACAGAUGUGCUGGGAACAGCUGUCCGGUCUGCGAGGAGGAGAGGAAAGAUGUCUUCAAAGCGCACAACUACUGCGGGUUGCUCACAGCCUCUGAUGGCCCUUUUGCCACCUGCCAUGGCACGGUCAGCCCCAACGUGUAUUUCAACAACUGCUUGUAUGAUCUGUGCCUGGGCAAUGGGGACUCCCAGGUCCUGUGCCAGAGCAUCCACAGCUACGUGACAGCCUGCCAAGAGGCCGGGGCCCCCAUCCAGCCCUGGAGGAGCGCCUCCUUCUGCCCUCUGACCUGCCCAGCCAACAGCCACUACGAGGUCUUUGCCAACCUCUGUACCAACACCUGCCCUGGAGACAUCAUGGACUGCCCGGAGGCCUAUGCUGAAGGCUGCCAGUGUGACAAGGGCUUCUUCUUUGACGGCCAGGGCUGCGUGACUCUGGAGAACUGUGGGUGCUUCAAGCGUGGGAGAUACUACAAGCCCAGAGAGACCGUCCUGACAAAUGAGUGCCAGCAAAGCUGCACCUGCACUCCUGCCCGAGAGGUGACCUGCAAAGCUCACAGCUGCGCCAGAGAAGAAACUUGCCAGAUCAGAGACGGCGUCAUGGACUGCAUCAGCAAAGAUCCCUGCAAAACCCUGAAAUGCCGGAUCAAGGAGAGAUGCAGAAUUGAAAAUGGCCAAGAGGCAUGUGUUCCUGCCUACACUGGAAUCUGCCAAGGCUCAGGGCAUGCACAGUAUCAAACUUUUGAUGGCCUGAAGUUUGAUUUUCAGGACACCUGCAAGUACACCAUCGCUAAGUACUGUGGCAGCGACCCUACCCUGGAGUCCUUCACUAUUGAUGAGAAGAACAACAACAGGGGGAACCAGGAAAUCUCCUUAUGGCAGGUGACCAAUAUCUAUGUCUACGGGUACAACAUCUCCAUCUACAAGAGGGAAGUUGGCAAAGUCCGGCUGAACAGUGUGAUCACCAGUCUCCCAGUGACGCUGAAAGAUGGUAAAAUCAAACUGUACCAGAAAGACCUCAGCACCGUCCUGCAGACAGACUUUGGCCUCCAGAUCACAUAUGACAAAAAUUGGCAUAUAGCGAUCACCCUCCCCAGCAGCUAUUAUGGGGCCAUGUGUGGCCUAUGUGGGAACUUCAACCAGAAUCCAGACGAUGACAUGAUGUCAUCCAAAGGCACCAGCGUUUCCUCCAUCGUGGGCUGGGCUGCCAGUUGGAAAGUCCAAGACCGGGACCCCUUUUGCUGGGAUUAUUGCCAAGGGACUUGCCCAAUGUGUGAUGAGAGCAAGAGAGAGCUGUAUGGGGAUGACAGUCACUGUGGGGUGAUCAGUAAAGCACCGGGAGGGCCCUUCAGAGAGUGUCACUCCAAGGUGAGCGCUGAUGACUUCUUUGACAGCUGCAUCUAUGACAUGUGUCUGAAUGAGGGGGACAAGAGCAUUCUGUGUGAGGCGCUGGAGGCCUACGCGGACGCCUGCAGGAGGCAUGGGGUCACUGUCGAUGACUGGAGGACGCUGUCCGGUUGUGAUGCCUGCAAUGCUCUGAAAUGCAGAACCAAAGAGACAUGCUGGUCUGAGGAUGGCCACACAUCAUGUAUUCCUGACUACAUGGGAACCUGCUUGGGCUCAGGGGGCAUGAACUAUCAAACGUUUGAUGGUCUGAAGUUUGACUUCCAGGGCACCUGCACCUAUACCCUGGCCAAAUACUGUGGGAGCGACGCCACCCUGGAGCCUUUCACCAUUUAUGAGAAGAACGCCAAUAGGGAGAGCCAGGAUAUCUCCUUUCUGCGAGUGACCAACGUCUACAUCUAUGGGUACAACAUCUCCAUGUACAAGAGGGAAGUUGGCAAAGUCCGGCUAAAUGGUGUGAUCACCCAUCUCCCGGUGACGCUGAAAGACGGUAAAAUCAGACUAUAUCAGAAAGGCCUCAGCAUCGUCAUGCAGACGGACGUUGGCCUCCGGGUGGGGUACAACAAGAACUGGCAUCUGGAAAUCACCCUCCCCAGCAGCUAUUAUGGUGCCAUGUGCGGUCUUUGUGGGAACUUCAACCAGAACCCAGAAGACGACAUGAUGUCCUCCAACGGCAUCAAAGUCUCCUCCAUCGUGGGCUGGGUUUCCAGUUGGAAAGUCCAAGACCGGGACCCCUUUUGCUGGAAUUAUUGCCAAGAGACUUGCCCAGUGUGUGAUGAGAGCAAAAGAGAGCUGUAUGGGGAUGACAGUCACUGCGGGGUGAUCAGUAAAGCACCGGAAGGGCCCUUUAGAGACUGUCACUCCAGGGUGAGCCCCGACGUCUUUGACAACUGCAUCUACGACGUGUGUCUGAAUGAGGGGAAGAAGACCAUUCUGUGUGCAUCGCUGGAGGCCUAUGCAGACUCCUGCAGGGACCAUGGAGUCACUGUCUAUGACUGGAGGACGCCAUCCAGCUGUGAUGAAUCUCGAGAAACCUGCCAAACCCUGAAAUGCCGGACCAAGGAGACGUGCAAGACAGAGGAUGGCCACGCAACAUGUGUUCCUGACUACGUGGGAACUUGCUGGGGCUGGGGGGACCCACAUUAUCACACCUUUGAUGGCCUGAAGUUUGACUUUCAGGGCACCUGUACCUACACCAUUGCCAAGUACUGUGGGACCGACCGCUCCCUGGAGCCCUUUACCAUCGAUGAGAAGAAUGAUAACAGGGGCAGCCAGGCUAUUUCCUUUCUACGAGUGACCAACAUCUAUGUCUACGGGUACAACAUCUCCAUCUACAAGAGGGAAGUUGGGAAAGUCCGGCUAAACGGCGUGAUCACCAGUCUCCCAGUGACACUGUCAGACGGUAAAAUCAGAGUGUACCAGAGAGGCUUCAGCGCCAUCCUGCAGACAGACUUUGGUCUCCAGGUGGCAUACAACUGGGACUGGCAUCUGGUGAUCACCCUCCCCAGCAGCUAUUAUGGGGCCACGUGUGGCCUAUGUGGGAACUUCAACCAGAACCCUGAAGAUGACAUGACAUCAGCCAGUGGCACCAAAGUCUCCUCCAUCGUGGGCUGGGCUGCCAGUUGGAAAGUCCAAGACCAGGAUCCUUUUUGCUGGGAUUCCUGCCAAGAGAACUGCCUGACAUGUGAUGAGAGCACAAGGAAGCUGUACGGGGGUGACAGUCACUGUGGGUUGAUCAGCAAAGCCCUGGGAGGGCCCUUCAGAGAGUGUCACUCCAGAGUGAACUCCAGUGAGUUCUUUGAUAGCUGCGUCUAUGACGUGUGUCUGAACAGGGGCGCUACAAGAAUCUUGUGCCAGGCGUUGGAGGCCUACGCAGCAACCUGCAGAGACCACGGGGCCACCGUCUAUGACUGGAGGAUGCCAUCUGGCUGCGCCCUGCCCUGCCCUGAGAACAGCCACUAUGAGGCCUGUGGGAACGCCUGCCCAGCCAGCUGCUCUGACCGAACUGCCCCCUCCUCCUGCCGGGAGCCCUGUGUGGAGACCUGCCAGUGUAAUGACGGUUACGUCCUCAGCACUGACAAGUGCGUCCCCCUGGCGAGCUGUGGCUGUGACUACAAUGGCCGCUACUACAAACCCAAUGAGGAGUUCUGGGAUGAUGAGAACUGCCAGUCUCGGUGCAGGUGUGACCCCAGCGUGAGCACAGUGGUUUGCAGGAAGACCAGUUGCAAGGCCAAAGAAAGAUGCUCCGUGGUCAAUGGGGUCCGUGGCUGCCAUGCAAUCAGCUACCCCACCUGCAUAGGUACUGGAGACCCUCACUACACCACCUUUGAUGGGAAAAAGUAUGAUUUUAUGGGCACCUGCAUCUACCAGUUCGUGGCUCUCUGCUCUGAGGACCCCACACUCACCCCGUUCAAUGUCAAAGUGGAGAACAACAACCGAGGCAGCAAGGCCGUGUCCUUCACCAAAACAGUGACCUUAGAGGUCUACAACGUGACCAUCAGCUUGAGCCAGGAGCAUCCACGCAAGAUCCAGGUCAAUGGUGUCUUUGUGGACCUGCCCUUCUCCCACCAGCACAAGUUCAAGGCCUACAUCAGUGGAGUCCAUGGCUUUAUCCAGACUGAUUUCGACCUGAGAGUGAGUUUUGACUGGUACAGCUAUGCCAGGGUCAUCAUACCCAAUACGUACGCCAACGCAGUC